CGGUGGGCCAGACGCCGGACUCGGUCAUCUUGCUUAGUCCCUUCCUGUCGAGCAGGGAUCGCUGCAUGGCAGCCACGUCGAGGAUGUCAAAGAUGCCGCUUUACGUUCCACAAUUCUUAUUGUUAUUCGCUUUCCUGUUUUAUUGGGUUGGAAAAGAAUGUGGCGCAACACCGUUAAAUAAUUUUGAAUCACGAGAAAGUUCGAAGACCUGUGGCUAUCAAGCUUGUCCAAAACUCAGCCAACACAAAUUAAAUAUUCAUUUGAUUCCGCACACCCAUGACGAUGUUGGCUGGUUAAAAACAGUCGAUCAGUAUUACUGGGGUGGUCGUCCCUUGAUUGCAAAAGCUGGAGUCCAAUACAUUCUAGACAGCGUGAUCCACGAACUACUUGAAGAUCCAAACAGAAGGUUUAUUUACGUGGAGACCGCCUAUCUGUGGAAGUGGUGGUCGUAUCAAAAUGACCGAGUUAAGACCGAUGUUCGGAGGCUCAUUGACGAAGGUCGGCUGGAAAUAAUAAGCGGGGCAUGGAGCAUGAAUGACGAGGCGGUCACUCAUUAUCAAUCAAUCAUCGAUCAGUUCACCUGGGGGUUCAGGCGUCUUAAUGACACAUUCGGAUCGUGUGCACGCCCCCACGUUGGAUGGCAAAUAGAUCCCUUUGGUCACUCGAGGGAGCAGGCCUCAUUAUUCGCUCAGAUGGGCUUCGACGGUCUCUUCUUCGGUAGACUGGAUUAUCAGGAUAAGAGAAAUCGCAUGGAUAAGAAAACAGCCGAAAUGAUUUGGAAAGGGAGUGACAGUUUGGGAAAGAAGGCUGAUCUGUUCACGAGCGUCCUAUUCAACACUUACAGUCCUCCGCCUGGGUUUUGUUUCGACAUACUCUGUGCAGACGAGCCAAUCGUUGAUGAUCCUGAAAGUCCCGACUACAAUGUUGACCGUAGGGUGGCGCAGUUACUGGUUUUUGCAGAAACGCAACAAAGUUUUUAUCGAACAAAUAACAUUAUCAUGACUAUGGGGGAUGAUUUCAAUUAUCAAAGUGCAGAACUGUGGUUCAAAAAUUUGGAUAAAUUAAUCAGAUACACAAACGACCGCCACGGAAGUACAGUAAAUGUGUUUUACUCGACACCAUCCUGUUACUUGAAAGCCGUCAACGAGCUGGCCCUUUCUUGGCCAACCAAGUCUGAUGACUUCUUUCCUUACGCCAGCGACCCCCACACCUACUGGUCAGGAUAUUACAGUUCGAGGCCAACAAUAAAAUUUUACGAGAGAAUGGGAAACAAUUACCUCCAGAUAUCGAAGCAGCUUUCAGCAUUGACUAAUAUAUCGUCGUCGGAAACUUACCUGAAUCCGUUUCGUGAAGCGAUGGGUGUACUUCAACACCAUGAUGCGAUUACUGGAACCGAAAAGCAGCAGGUUGCUGAGGAUUACGCGAGAAUUUUAUCCAAAGCUAUGAAGGGCGGAGAACGGAUUUUAUCAGAUGCACUUGGAAACUUGAUUUCAAAAAGGAACCAAAGCAGAUCUCGCGAGGGUGCAGAAGUUCAUUUCUACACCUGUUACCAACUAAACAUCAGCUCUUGCCCGUACACGGAAGAAAAUGAAAACUUUGUCCUGACUCUGUACAAUCCGCAAAGUAGAGUGGUUUCGAGCUUUGUUCGCAUUCCCGUAACAGGCAAUUCAUACGUCGUUCGAGACUUCACUGGUGCUAAUCUUGCCACACAAAUUAUUCCAAUACCACCUGAAGUCCUGGCAAUUCCCGGCAGAGAGAGUUCAGCGGUCAACGAAUUAGUUUUUCGUGCCAAAAAUAUCCAAGCUCUCGGUUAUCAAGCUUACUACGUCACUAGAGGUAACAAGACUGUUGAACCCGUACGCAGCGAAAGCUUGUCCGAAGCGACGAUACAAAAUGAGUUCUUCAACGUCUCAAUGACCGAUGACGGAAGCACGUGUGCUCUGCGAAAAAUCAAGUCGGGUGUUACAAACAUGAGAAUCACCCAAUCCUUCCACUAUUACGAAAGCAGCCAAGGCAAUAAUGAGGAAUUCGUAACUCGCUCCUCCGGAGCAUACAUAUUCAGGCCCAAAGACGCUACCCCCAAGAAUCUAACAAAUGUUGGCAGCAACCAGACUUAUAAGGGUCCACUCGUUCAGGAAAUACAUGUGAAGAUUAACGAAUGGGUCAGUCAGAUUGUCAGGCUUUACACAGGUGAAGAUUAUAUAGAGUAUGAUUGGCUAGUCGGUCCAAUCCCCGUCGAUGAUAAAGUUGGCAAGGAAAUCAUAACAAGUUACACUAGCAACCUGGCCACGGAAAAUGUGUUUUAUACCGACAGCAACGGUCGCGAAAUGUUAAGACGCGAGAAAAACUUCCGGCCUACUUGGACGUUGCAGCUCGCCGAACCUGUUGCGGGUAACUAUUACCCCAUCACCGCCAAAGUCACUAUCAAGGACAGAAUAAAUAAGUUAAGAAUGAGCGUCCUGAACGACCGAGCCCAGGGUGGCUCCAGUCUCAACGACGGCCAAGUGGAAUUGAUGCUACAUCGUAGGAUAUUGCAUGAUGAUGCUUUCGGCGUUGGUGAAGCUUUGAACGAGAUAGCCUACGGCAAGGGACUGGUCGUACGUGGCCGGCACCAAAUCAUAACGGGGACCAAUUCGGUCCGUAGCUCAACUAUCUUAAUGGAAAAGCAGAUGGCCUGGAAUUUAUUGAAUCCUCCGUGCAUCCUCAUAUCCCCGGCGGCCGGUCGAACUUUUGAGGAAUGGCGUCAUCAUUAUCGAAUGCAGGGAUCUGGCCUUACAAAGCAGCUACCCCCGAAUGUGCGUAUUUUGAGCCUGGAGCCAUGGAAAGAUGGUGGACUACUCUUCAGGCUUGAGCACAUGUUUGAAAUUGGUGAAGACACAAGAUACUCUCACCCAGUGGAAAUCAAUAUCAAGGAUCUUUUCCUUCCCUUCACGGUAAAGAAUGCGCGGGAAACAACGUUGGGAGGUAAUCAGUGGUUGAACGAGUCAGAGCGUCUAAGGUGGGUAAGUGAUUCGAACGAAGUACACCGUGAACGGGAAAAUGUGAGAGAUGCCGAUGCAGGAUCGAUACACGUCAGCGACGAAGCUAUCAACAUUCUUCUGCAUCCGAUGGAGAUUCGUACUUUUGUCAUUGAAAUUUAGAUCAAUUAAUUGAUUUGAUAUUGGUUUGCGUAUGCCCAGCACAUCUGUGGUGUAAAUCGUGUACAUAUAU